CUCUUCUACUAAUUUUGUACACUGCUGCUAAAUUGCUUUUCAAGACUUGUUUGUAUCUUGAGGAGGAUAAAUUAAGAAUGAGUGUCUAUUUUUAGUAGUGAUGGAAUAAAAAUCUCAUUUUUCCUAUUUCUGCUUCCUUUUUCUUUGGUAGUAGGUAAGCAAUUUUUAGUGGAUCUUAAUUUUUGUGGUUGCUAGCUGAAGUAAUAGUUGACUUGACUUGACCAUGAACACUCCAAUUUUCUGAUAUUUAUGCUUCACAAUUAGUGGCUCAUGUAGAUCUUGCUGUUUAAGGUCUGUUUGUUAGGGUAGAUUAUUACUCUCUUAUCCUGGAGUUAUCUGACCUAAAUUUAAUGGUUUAAAAUAGGUGUUUUUAUCAUGUUUUGCUAGUACUAUAUGAUAGGAAUGGGUGUUAAUUUGAUAUAGUAUAUGGAUAGAUAAAGAGAUGAAGAAUGUGUAAGUGCAGGUGCAUGAAUUGAGUGAAAUAUGGAAAUGGAAUCCUCAUCCUCAUCAGCAUCAUCAUGUAAAAGAGCAAAGGCCCCCCAGACAGUGGCAGCAGCUCAAUGCUUAGUAGAUGGCUGUGAUGCUGAUUUAAGGCUAUGUAGAGACUAUCACCGCCGCCACAAAGUGUGCGAGGCUCACUCGAAAACCCCUAAGGUCACCAUUGCUGGCCGGGAGCAACGCUUCUGCCAGCAAUGCAGCAGGUUCCACUCGCUGGUGGAGUUCGACGAGGGGAAAAGGAGCUGCAGGAAGCGGCUGGAUGGGCACAACAGGAGGCGGAGGAAGCCUCAGCCGCCACCGGAUCAUCACUCAUCCGCGUUGCUACAAGGAGGAGGGACGCUUGUUUCGUUCACCACGCCUCAUUCGUCGUGGGCGGGGCUUGGGCUUGGGCUCCAUCAUCAUCAUCACCAGGAGAACAUGCUCUACAAUAAUAGUAAUUCAAGCAGUCAGAUUUUGCAGAAUCACAACAACUACUACUAUAGUGGUGGUGAGAGUGAGAGAAUGAACUCAUCGGCAUUUCAUCAAACAGAUGAUGGGUAUAAGUAUGCGUGUGAUCCUGCUCUCUCUCUUCUGUCAGUUGAAGUUGAAACUCCGGCGGCUCCUCCUCCUCCGCCUCACCAGCAGCUCCACUACUGCCCUUCAACGCACCACCACCAGUCAUCAACUACUCGGACUUUCACCUGGGAUCACUAGCUCCAUUGUUGCAAUUCCUAUUUACUCUCUAUUCAUUUCUGCAUCUGUUGUCGAUAUGUGUAUCAAUUUUACUCCUCACUAUUUUGUUUCGUCGGUUUUUUAUUUAAUAUAAGCUCAUUAAACUACCUUUUAACUUC